AUGGCGUUCCUCGAGACGAAGAUAAGCCACUGCCCGUUUGUAGGUAGGGUUCGCCAUGAGGGUGAGGUUGGAGGCGGCGUUGCCGAGAUCCUCAUUGAGGCUGGCGGUGAGGGUGGAAAGGAGCAACUCAUCGCCCACCUUGAAGCCUAUGUCAUUGAGCUCGUCGAAGAGGGUCUUGAGGCGCAUGCAGUAGUCAUCGACGGCGUCGCCGUCAUCGUCGCCCGCGCCCUCGCCGUCGCCCACGCCCCUCGCCCAACGCCGUCGCCGCUCGCCAACCCGGCCCUGCCCCGACACGCGCCGCCCCGGCCCACCCCCGUCCUCGCCAUCGCCAUGCCCCGCCCCCUUCGUCGCCGUCACCCCCUGCCCCGAGCGUGCGCCCCUGCCCUGUCGACGUCAUCGCUGUCGUCGUCCUCUCCGCCGACCCCGCGCCCCUCCUCACCUUGGUCCGGCCGGCGCUUUCUUUGUCCAGGGGGCCCGUCCUUUCGUUCCCAAAACAAAACCCCUGCUCACAGAGGACUCUCCAUUGCUUCUCCCCUUCCCACGCACGGCCAGGGUCCAAUCCAAGGCGAUACACAAGCCUCUGCUGGCGGCUUCCACUCCUCCCCGUCUCUCACCGACCAGGGCACUAAGUUCUCAAAGACUUGCAUCAUGAAGGCUGCACAGUUUGGACCUUGGUCAGAUCUUCCUACCGAACUCCUGGGCCUUGUCCUAAAGCGCCUCGAUUCCCUAGCUGACCGUGUUCGUCUGAGAGCAGUCUGUCAACCAUGGUGCUCUAAUAGUAUGUUGCAGAAUCUCCCCCUCCCAUUCCCUUGGCUCACCCUCACCGAUGGAACCUUCCUCAGCAUCCCUGGCAGUGAGGUUCACCGCAUGCCUCUACCUGAUGGUGCUCGUUGGCACGGCUCCAUUGAUAACAGGCUAUUCCUCAUGAGCUGUGAUGGUGCGUGUUCAUUGCUGAACCCUUUUUCCAAGAGCACACUGGAGCUUCCUAAUCUUGCCAGUUUUUGGCAGCGGGGGAUAGAUAACCAUGCUGAAUAUACUGAUGAUCCAGUUUCCUAUAAGUUAGUGGCGCCCUCGCCGCUGGAAUCAUCACCCAAGUCCCUUGCUGCUGCGUUGAUCAUCGGCAAUUGUUAUUCUGUUGAUCUUUGUGUCGUUCAACCACCUGCCACCACUUACUCAUUCAGAGGUAUACGUACUGCACUGGGGGAGCCACCAACAUUAGUGGACCUUGCAUUCUUGGAUGGAAGGCUGUACGUGGUAUCUGGAUUUUUCAAGCUUUUCGUCGUUGAUUUUGGUGAGAACCUUGGUACUUAUCCAAAGAUGAAAUGCGUAAUUGACUCUGGUGGUGAUUGUGGAACGCCUCAAUACCUGUCUAAGAAGGUGCUUUAUGGACUCAGCCAGUAUUUAGUGGAAUGUGGUGGUAGGCUGCUGAUGGUGCAAAGAUUUACACACUCACAGGGUUUUAGGAAUUCUCACACUGUUGGAUUUAAUGUCCUUGAGGCAGACUUGCGCACUAACCCGGGUCAGUGGAGAACGGUGAGUGAUUUGGGUGGCCAUGCCCUCUUUCUUGGUAAGCAAAGCUCGAAGUCCCUGCCUGCUGGAGAAUGCAGUGGAUCCCAGGAGGACUGCAUCUACUUCAUCUGCGAUUAUCCUUGUCCAGAGUCUUCUGCAGAACCUCUUCGCGACGCUGGCAUAUACAACGUGAGAAGUGGGAUGAUAAUGCCAUUGCAUUCAAGGAAUCCUGCAGUACCGCAACGGCAAGCUGGUCAGUGGGGCCUGACCUGGUUUUUUCCUUCUGAAGCUAUAUGAUCAACCCAGAAGGAUUUUUUUAGUCUUUUGUAGUCAACCAACAUGCCUGGGUUCUGCUCAUCUUUAUCUUACUAAUAUGUUAUUGUGUGGACUUAAUUAGUAUAUGAUGGUGUGCACUUUUAAGUCACUUGGUGACAAUAAUGGGUUCAUGUAAUCGAAUGCUUAAACCUUUCGUUGUGGAAACUUGAUGUUUUA